GAUUGUCAUAAGCUUGUCUACUAUUGUGAAACGAAAGUAUAGGUGGAACCAGGUUCGUUCAGUGUGCGUGUUUCUUUCUUUUCUUAUACUUUAUAGUAAAACCACAUCGGGCUGUCUGCUGUGUUUAUCGAGUGGAGUCGAACCCCUGAUUUUAGCGUUGUAAAUCAAAGAACUUACCGCUCUCCCACCGGAGUACAGUAAUGGAGUUAAUAGGACCAAACUGAGCAGGUGCAUUCAGGAAGGUCACCCAGGCUUGAUGUAAGUAGGCUCGUAAGGUUGUUGGACUUGAAUCAUGCAUCUGAUUUUGUGUUGGUAGGACCUUGGGGCGACAAUUUUGGAACUUGUUCAUAUCCCUACUUACAAGCUAUCAGGAUCCAAUUAUUCAGGUAACACAGAGUCACAAUGCAAGACACUACCUUGGAAUCUGAUGCUGGGUCUCCACAUAUCAAGACUUUGAUCUUUAUGGACCUAGAAGCCACUGGAAUACCAACAGAAACACCAAAGAAAAAUGUUCAAAUCACAGAAAUUGCACUUGUUGCUAUUAGUAGAGACCAUUUUGAUAGUCCGUCAGACAAAUAUAGAAUACUAAAUAAAUUAUCUCUCUGUGUCCAACCAAAGACUUGUGUUACUCCUUCAGCAGUGGCCAUCUCAGGUCUUUGUAAUGUGUAUUUAUCUACUGAAUGCUAUUUUGAAAAGGGUCCAGCUCAGCAAGUAAAAUCCUUCCUUGAAUUUCUCCCUCAGCCUAUAUGUCUGGUGGCCCAUAAUGGCCACAACUUCGAUUUCCCUCUUCUAAAGGCUGAGUUGAGGAAGGCAGGAGUAUCACUUCCAGAGUUCAUCUUUUGUGUUGACACAUUGACAGCAUUUAAAAGUGACAUCCAUAUGAAAUCUUCUUGGAACAGUUCAGUCAAGCCUGAAACAAACACUGAUUCAAUGUCUAUCAAUAAUCAGAAUCCUUGCAGCUCAUAUCAGACAAGUCUAGAAGCUCUUACUUUAUCUCCUGUAGGCUUUAGUAAUAAAAGUAUAUUAUCUAAACUGGGACAGACAGAAAAAACUGUUUCACUUACCAGGCCAAACAGUAUGCAAAACUUUCAUGAUAAUAAUGUUGAAAAUUUGCUGAAUGAAGAAACAGAAGUACUCUUAACAGCUAUCGAACAAGAAUCAGUUUUUUUUCCAGAGAUUAAAGCACAUAAAUCAAACGGGCUGUCAGAUGAUACUCAUUAUAUUUUAUGUCCAGGAAUUGAAGGAACUUCACAGAGAAUUCAUAGAGAUUUUCUGACUCCUAAAAAGAUGAAUACCUCCCAGAAAAAUUACUCUAAUGUUCAGAAAGGAGUAAAAAGAAAAAGAACCCUCAUCCAUAAGGAGAAACAUGCAGUUCCAGCUAGAAAAAGAUUAUAUUCUAAUGACAAUAUAAAUUUUGUUUCUACAAAAAUGUCUCAAGUUAUUUCAAAUGUUUAUGGAAAACAUGACAUUCAAGUUUCAAAUAAAAUCUCAAAAAUGCAACUCAGUUUGUCUAAGUUGCAUGAGUAUUUUUUUGGAGCUGUUCCCUCAGUGAGUCAUGCAGCAGAAGCUGAUUGUCACACACUAAUGAAAAUAUGUCAUAAAUUACAGAAAAAUUUCUUGUGCUGGAUGGAUAAAAAUGCUGUCUGUUUUGAAAAGGUUUCACCAAUGUGGUAACAAGUUACAACUUAGUUUUCUUAAUUUGCUUGAAUAAUUUUUACAAAGCAUUUCACCUAAAAACAACAUGAGGCAGAGACUUAACUAAAUGAAGAUAUCCGAUAAACAAUAAAAAAAGAUUUCUUCUACAUGGAUGAAAAUGUAAUGUACUUCAAGUGUUUUUCACUGUUGUGGUAAUAGAAAGGAGCUAAUUAGAGAAUUUUGAUAAUUUGUUUAUAUUAUAAUUUUACUUUUAUACACAUUCUCUUGUAAUUUUUUGAUAAAUGUAUUUCUUUUUAAAUCAGUUGUUUAGCUAAGGUAUGUAUGUACAUAUAUAAGGGUUGGUGGAUAGAGAGAAAUGUAGUUAAUUUAGAAAGCUUUUGAUUAUUUAUUUAAGAUUUCAGCUUCAAUACCUAGUGUAUAAAUAAAAACACAAUCUAGGCUUUCUUACAAAACUUUUGUUAUAAUCAAAUUUCUUCAAAGUUAUCAACUUCUGUCGAAGGAAAAACUUUAUUUUUAAUUUUUUUAUACAUUUACAAAUAAUUGUAAAAAAUGUUUUUUUUCAAUGGUUGAUUUUAUUACUUUACUGAUCUUGCUGAAACUUGUAAAUUUUAUCUUUAAUAGUGAGUGUAAAAUUUUGUGGUUAAGGAAGAUUAGGCAAUAGUAGAACCUUUUUUAAUGAACUUGUUAGUACUUACAUUAAAAGAAAAUUGCACAAGUGAUAGAUCUACUAUAGAGAUGUUUUAUGCAUGUUCAAGAUUCUGAAUUUCUUACCAAGGCCAGGACUAGCAUUAGCAUACUAAUCAUGGUCAAAGUUGGUUUUUAACAACUUACAUUUACUGUUUUAACAGUUUUUAAAAUAUUUGUACAUAGGAAAUGUAUGACACAUGUGUAACGUUACUGCAAAAAUUUGCCUGUUUUGAACUUGAAUUGUUUAAGGUAAAGUUUUAAGUAAACAUGCUAAUCAGAAUUAUUUGCUAAAAGAUCAUACUUCAUUUUGUUAGUACAUAUAUGUAGUGCUUUAUAUAUAAAUAUAUAAUUAUUGUUCCAUGUUAUUAAAUUGUGUGCUACAUUGAUAAUU